AUGGCCGACCUCGCAGAUCCCAAAUUCCGAGGAUUCGACAUCAUCCAGACCCCGUACAAGCACGUAGGCGACCAUGCCAUCCGCACUGACAUCCUGGUGCCCCAGACGCCGUACUCAGGGAAACGGCCCACAAUCGUCCGCUUCCACGGCGGGGGACUGGUCCUAGGAGACUCUUUAUUCCCCGGCUUCUGGUCACAAUGGCUCUCAGACCUCGCCCUGCACCACAACGCCAUCAUCAUCUCCCCAAACUACCGCCUCCUGCCCCAAGCCACCGGCCUCGACAUCUACAACGACAUCGAGGACUUCUGGGCCUGGCUCCAAUCACCCACCAGUCCCAUCCACGGCCUUCUCGCCGCACACUCCGCCCCUACAGAGCUAGACCUCACGCGCAUCCUGCUCGCCGGCGAAUCCGCCGGCGGCCUCCUAAGCAUCAACACGGCCCUCGCUCACGCCCCCGACGUCCGCGCCGCCACUGCCCUCUACCCCUGUGUCGACGUGUCGUCGUCCGACUUUUCGCACCCCCGCCCGGCCUCGCUCCUCCCGUUUGGCCAGCGCACCCCGGUCUCCGUCGUGGACGAGCAUCUUGCCUCGAUGGACCCCAACAAGCCGGUCUCGUCCACUGACACGCCUAGCUAUAUCCCGCUCAUGCUGGCGGUGAUCGAGCACGGGCUUCUAGGUGAGUGGUAUACGAGAGGGUUGGAAGAGUCCAGCUCGAAGUCGGGGGCAGAGACGCACAGGUUGCUCUCCCCGAUCCAACGCCUCGAGGAUCCGGGUGUGCAGAUUCCGCGUGGUGGAGUCUACGUCAUCCAGGGGCGGCAGGACAGCGUUGUGCCGGCGCAUCACUCUGAAGCGUUUGUGGCUAGGGCGCGUGAGGUCGCUGGAGGCGCUGGGGGCGGGAGCACUGACAGCCAGCAGAAUGGCAAGGUUGUGUUGGUGUUUCGGGAUGGCGAGCAUGGGUUUGAUGCGGAGGAGCGCUAUGAGCAGGGCGGGUGGGUUCAGGAGGCCCUGGCGGCGGCGGUCGAGGCGUGGCUGGAGGUUUAUUAG